CCCACGCUAAGAGUACAGUCAUGCAUCUCGAGGUGAAGGUCGCCCUUAACUUCAUCGUGUCCUAUUUGUACAAUAAGCUACCUCGGCGUCGGGCCGACCUCUUCGGAGAAGAGCUGGAGCGUAUCCUGGUGUCUCGCUUCGAGGGCCACUGGUAUCCCGAGGCUCCUCUUCGGGGUUCUGCGUUCCGCUGUUUGCACCUGGGAGCCCCGAGAGACCCGGUUGUGGAGCUGGCCGCCAAGAGAAGUGGGCUGGAUACGGAGGAGGUGCGAGCAAACGUCCCCGCGGAGCUCAGCGUGUGGAUCGACCCCUACGAGGUGUCCUACCAGAUUGGGGAGAAGGGGACGGUUAAAGUGUUGUACCUGGAGGACCCACCGGGCCUCAGCUGCGAUGGCGAGCGACCCGAAGGGGUAAUGAGAGAAGGAGACUCUGAGUUGGAUGAAGCCAAGAGUUUGGGCUUCAAUCCAGACGCUCAGGUGUUUGUUCCGAUCGGAAGCCAAUUAUCUCCUUCCCUUAGGGCGCCGCUCUCCAGUUCUCCCACGCCGCCGUCUGUUCAUCCCGGCCCCGCCCUCUUCAACUACCCCACCUGCAGCUCGCCCGCCGACCCGGCCGCCCACUCGUCCAACACGUCCACCCCUCCCCCCUACCUCGCCGCUCAGCAAGCCACCCCCUCGCUCCCCGCCGCCCGCCCUCAACCGAUCACCUUCACCACCGCCGCUUUCGCCGCCACGAAAUUCGGCUCCACCAAAAUGAAAAAGUGCAGCGUGGCCGGGUCGGCGGGCGCCUCCAGCGUCGUCGUCCCGCCUGUCCAGAGGAUGCUCUCCCACUCGCCCACCGCCAUGUUGGCUCCGGAGAUGCUGAAGCACAAGUCGCUCUCGCUCUCCAUGCACUCGCUUGUGGCUCCCAUCCCCAGUCAGCUGUCCCCCAACGCCAAAGAGUUUGUCUACCCGGGAUCCCAGAGCCCCCUUUACUUCGACGCGGACCCCCAGCCCAUGCAAGCUCACGCUAGCCGAUUCCAACCCCCCCACAGCAUGGGCACCCACCCGACCUUUGACCCUUUCUCUAGUCCUCCCCCAUCUCAGAGCGUGGGCAUCUUGGGCACCAACGGCGAGAUCUCCUACAUGGAGAAACCUCAAUUUGUUGAGGGCUUAGGGAGCUACAACCUGCAAUAUCCAAGCCAGUCCUUCCAGCCUGUUGUGUUGGCCAACUAAGCCUUUCUUUGUCAAGAACUGGCCCAGAUAUUUUUUUUUUCUUUUUUCUAACACCUAAUACUAAUGCAAGCUAACACUUUUUCGACAGAUUUAAUCACGUAGCUUUCCUACAGAGAUUUCAAGAUACUCAUUAUCUCAUGGUAAUUUUUUUUUUUUUUGGUGGUCAUCACAUGGUCUGCUUCGAAUUCAUCAUUGCCAUUGUUAUUCCUACUGGACAUGAACUACUGUAAAGCUCCAGUUUGCACGUCACACUGUGGAGAGAAAAAAAAAAAAGGAUCUAGCCAAGUAUUGCACUUUGCUCCGCAAUCUGUUCAGUGCUGACUAUUCGGGGAGGAGGAGGAAGAAGGUGAGGGGGGGGGUGCUCGCAUGUGUUGUGAUCUGGAAAAAAAUAUCACGUGACGGCCGCCUUUGCACGCUGACAUCACAGCAGUAAAUACAGAAACGGCUUUAUCAUCAGCGAGAGAACACGUCCGUGGAAUGUUUUGGUGAUGGCGUGAGCAUAAUAGAAGAAUGAUGUAAUUCAUCUGUCAGGGGGAAAUUGCAGCGGGGAAGGUCGCCGAAACCUCUGUGAGGGAAAGGAAGCUUUGCGUCUUAAAAGGACGCCGCUCACGUGCCCAUGCCUGCAGUCGUGUGUGUGUGUGUGCAAGCAUACAUGUAGACUUGCACACACAUUCACUGUCAUCCGUGUGUGAAGGUGAACAAGCUUGAAGGGAGGGGGGGGUGUUAUCCAGCCGUAAAAAAAACAAAACGAAGAUAUUUUGAUAAAUGGCUCGGAGUGACUUUGGGGAUGUAGCCAUGUUUUUCCUCCAGCGAGAGGGUUGCUUUGUCUCGGUGGCGUCCGGUGUGAGCGAGCAUUUUUUUUAAAACCCAGAACACGUUGCUGGUGAGCUUAAAUGGUAUUGAAGCGAAAGGCUAACACUGUUGUGCCCCUCCUUGAAAUGCUUCAGUGCGGAGGGAGAGCAGGGAAAAGGUGAGGCUGCUUUUUGUCUCCAGGUUGUCAAGUGGACAUCGGUGAAUGUUGGAAAUUGAUGGCUGGCGUCUGUUGCUAUUUUAAGAUGGUGGCAGUUUUUCCAGUCGAAUGUUUGUUAUGACAAAAUGGGCAAUUUGAGCACUUUAUUAAGCGGAGCUCUACUCUCAUCCAUUUUUUUUUUUAAAAUGCAUUCCACUGUCAUUUGAAAAAGAUGCAAGUACUUCAAAAAUUUAUUGGAAAUGAAGUUAUGUCCAUUUAAUGUUUUUCUUGACCGAGAUAUGUAUUCGUGUUUUGUACCUAAGGACCCUUAACUGUUUUUUCCCUUUCACCACCCUUUUGGAUUAUGUGAAGGGAAAUAUGGAUUUUUUUUUCUUCCUGUAAUUAAAAAGAAAAAGACCCGAUAGUAUAUUUUUGUUUUUUGCUAAAUUAAUUAUCAAGUGACAGUCCAAGAAAAAUGUAAAUAUAAAAUUCUUAUGUUCAGAUUUGUUUAGUUUCUUACAUGCUGAAUUUAUUUUUGCAGAAAUCAACCUGGAUAUAUGCAAACUGAUUAAAUAAAUUAAAUAAAUACAGGUAUUACAAUUAUGUACAGAGUCCAGUAUCGAAUGUGGAUUGUACCAGAAGUCAAAAGACGGGUAAAUGUAUUAAAGGGUUUGAAGAGCUGAAUGUUGACAAAAGAUGGUUCGUAUCACCACCAUAACUCCAAUCUGAAAACUUUAACACCUUAACUACCAUUGACGGAUAUAGACGUCAAAUAUCCAUUUGAACUGGGCUGGCAGUGAAUGAUUAAAAUUCAUGUGAUUAAAAUUGACAUUUAACUCUUCUUCCCUUUUGUGUGACCCUAUGGUCUCCAUGAUAUAGCCAUAUCCCAGUUAGUCAUUACUUCGACCCUUCCUCACCCUUGUCAAGUGAAAAGACCCCAACGUGGGUUUCUACCUCUCAUCUCCCUGAAUAGUCUUUGAAUAGGAAGGAUGAAGGAAAUGAAUGUUGUACUCUUAGUCAGCCCCGGUUGAGAUGGCCUGCAGAAGCCCAACUUGGAUUCCUGCAUAUUUUAUGGCGCUUAAAAGAACUCCAAAUAGGGUGUGCGUAUAAAAUUUAGAACAACUGCAAAGCGUGUGCAGGAAUUGAGCUAUUUGACAUGCACCCCAAACUUUUAAGUGCAGGCUACAAUCGGGGUUGAAGUGAAAUAAGAAUUUUGUAUUCUGAUGUUCUUUGCUUAUAAUGUGUUUUAUUUUGCACUUUGUAAUAUUUCAUUGUUAGAAGAGUUUAUUUUCUAUGUGACAUUUAACAUUAAAGUAUAUAAUUGAAAAGAUGUAUAGUUUUUUCUUUUUCUGACUGUAUUUUUAUGAUUUUCUUUCCCCCCCUCUCUCCUGUUUUGUAUCCGACCUUGUAGAUGUUGAACAAAUCUUUCACGAAUGAAAUGCAAUGACCUGUUUUCUUGGAAUGGGGCAUUACUACUACAGUUUCUUAUUGUAUCAGAUUUCUUUUUUAAGUUUGUAAUAAAAAGACCAGUAAGCAUGGAAAA